AUGGAUGAGUCAGGACUAUCAAUCGUGCAAAGACCAUCUAAAAGUUUUGCCACGAAAGGACGGAAACAGGUUGGAACAAUCACCAGUGCUGAGCAUGGUGCUCAUACAACUGUUGUGUAUUGUAUGAACACAAUAGGCUCAUUCAUUCCCCCCGCAAUGAUAUUUGCAAGAAAAAAUUCAAAGCCAGAUUUGACGGAUCAUGCACCUGCCGGGACUCUUCAACUAUGUCAAGAAUCCGGCUGGAUGACUGGAAUCCAUAAAUAUCUACCAGCUCUGGAAUAUGCGAAGAGACAUGGUGUUGUUUUGCUAUGCACACCACCUCACUGUACUCACCGUAUCCAGCCUUUAGACGUAAGUUUUUUUGGACCUUUAUCAAACUACUAUAAUCAAGCAAUUACCAAAUGGAUAAAGACAAAUCCGGCCAGAACAGUGACGGCGUUUCAAGUUGGGCAACUAUUUUCGGAAGCCUAUGAAAAAGCGGCUGUUAUGGGCAAUGCAGUUAGUGGCUUUAAAACCACCGGCAUUUACUCUCCAAAUCCAGACAUUUUUCCGGAAUGGAUGUUCUCUCCUUCUGAUGUCACGAACCUGGUCUUAGAAGAACCAUCAGAUCAAUCUGAUCUCACUGAACCUGAAUGA